CAAGCACAUCCAUCUAUACAGAUACCAAGGACCUGCUCUAGCCAUUGACCAGCAGACUAGCAGACAUGUCCUCAGUCGGCCUGCCCUCCUCCUCAGCCCCGCAACCGUAUGCACGUCAUCCUCAAUCAGGUAUCUCUGCCAACGGCGCCGCACACCAGUCAGACGCAGAAUCAGACGACGAAGGACGCGCCAAUGAGGCGCCUGCGCGUAGAAGACCCAGAGAUGCACUUGACAGGCAAAUUCCAAAAGUCACCGAUGCAACAGGUGAAAAAGUACGCGAGGCCUUUGAGAAUUUCAUCGCUACAUUCGAGGAUCGCUCCGAAGACGCGUCGCAGAGACCAACGGCAACCGCUGCAACGACACAAGGCGACAGUCUCUAUGUCCAGCAGAUGCACGCCAUGAAGUCUUUCGAGUUGAGCACCAUCUACAUUGACUUUCAACACCUCACCGCCUUUGAAGAUGGUGUCUUGGCUGAAGCUAUUGUCCAGCAAUACUACCGAUUCUCCCCAUUCCUCGUCGCAGGACUGCACAAUAUGCUUCAGAAGUAUCAACCAGCGUACUUCUCCUCACAAAUUCACUCUCGCACAGGCUCCUCUACAGCAUCAUCCAAGAGUGCAACGGAAAAGGACUUUAGCAUUGCCUUUUACAACCUCCAAAAUACUGGCAAAAUCCGUGAUUUACGCACAGAACGCAUCGGUAGGCUCAUGUCUGUUUCUGGUACCGUAACGCGAACCUCUGAAGUGCGUCCAGAGCUUGCACGCGCAACAUUUAGUUGCAUGGAGUGUCGCACUGUUGUUCCCAAUGUCGAGCAAGUCUUUCGUUAUACUGAACCCACGAAAUGCCCAACCGAUACUUGUAUGAACAAACGCGCCUGGAAGCUACUCAUUGCGCAAUCCACUUUUCAAGAUUGGCAAAAAGUGCGCAUCCAAGAGAAUUCAUCUGAAAUCCCAACGGGUAGUAUGCCACGUACGCUGGAUGUCAUUCUGCGUGGUGAAGUGGUGGAUCGUGCAAAAGCAGGAGACAAGUGUGUCUUUACAGGAACGCUGAUUGUUGUACCGGAUGUCUCACAACUCGGUAUCCCUGGUGUUCGCGCAGAGGCCAUGCGUUCCGGUAAUGGACGUGGUGGUCAAGAAGGCUUUGCGAGUGAAGGUGUCACUGGUUUGAAGUCACUCGGUGUGCGCGACUUGACGUACAAGAUGGCCUUUUUGGCGUGCUUCACACAGUCUGCCGAUGCUCGCGAUUCUUCUGGUGGCGAUGUUCGUGGCGAUGGUACACAAGGUGAAGAAGAACAGAAUGAGUUCCUCAACAGUCUGACACAAGCUGAGAUUGAUGAACUUAAGGAGAUGGUGCAUUCGGAUCACAUCUACUCCAAACUAGUCAAUUCCAUUGCACCGACCGUGUAUGGCCAUGAAAUCAUCAAGAAGGGUAUCCUACUACAACUCAUGGGCGGCGUUCACAAGACAACACCAGAAGGUAUCAACCUGCGAGGCGACCUCAAUAUUUGCAUCGUCGGCGAUCCAUCCACCAGCAAAUCGCAGUUCCUCAAAUAUGUCUGCACUUUCUUGCCGCGUGCAGUCUACACGUCUGGUAAAGCGAGUUCAGCGGCUGGUUUGACGGCUGCUGUUAUGAAGGACGAAGAGACGGGUGAAUUCACUAUUGAAGCUGGAGCUCUCAUGUUGGCUGAUAAUGGUAUUUGUGCUAUUGACGAAUUUGACAAGAUGGACAUCUCUGAUCAAGUGGCCAUUCACGAAGCCAUGGAACAGCAGACCAUUUCCAUUGCAAAAGCAGGUAUUCACGCAACACUCAACGCUCGAACAAGUAUUCUUGCUGCUGCGAAUCCAGUGGGCGGACGGUAUGAUCGCAAAACAACCCUGCGCGCCAAUGUUCAAAUGUCAGCACCCAUCAUGUCGCGUUUUGAUUUAUUCUUUGUGGUGCUGGAUGAAUGCAAUGAGCAAGUCGACUUUAACCUCGCAUCGCAUAUCGUCAAUGUGCAUCGUUUCACAGAUCAAGCCAUUCAACCAGAAUACGAUACGGAGCAACUUCAGCGCUAUAUCCGGUAUGCGCGUACAUUCAAGCCAAAGUUGUCGACAGAGGCACAGCAGUACCUGGUGCAGAAAUACAUUGAGCUACGCAGUGAUGAUGCACAGGGUAUGGGACGUAACAGUUACCGCAUCACCGUACGUCAACUUGAAUCGAUGGUUCGACUGAGUGAGGCUAUUGCCAGGGCGGCGUGCGUCGAGGAUAUCACACCGGCAUUUGUCAAAGAAGCGUAUAAUUUGCUUCGACAGAGUAUCAUCCAUGUCGAGCGCGACGAUGUUGAGAUGGACGAGGAAGAUCUAGCUGGAGAGGAUGAGGAGAUGGCAGACGGUGAGGCGCGUGAUGCAGAUGGCGAUGCACACAUGCAAGGCACGACCAAUGGCGAGACGGCUGACGCUGAAGCACCACCUGCGCCGCCAAAGGAAAAGACCAAGAUUUCCUACGACAAGUACAUUGAUAUUAUGAAGCUCGUCGUUGGUCGCAUUUCAGAGGAUGAGAAAGCAGGUGGUGAAGGUGUCGCUGAAGACGACUUGCUCGCAUUCUACCUUGAACAGCGCGAGAAGGAAAUGUCUGAUGAAGAAGACAUUGAGCGUGAACGUGCGCUCUGCAAAAAGGUACUCAAAAGGCUCGUCAAGGACUCAUAUCUCAUGGAGAUUCUGGGCGAUACAGGCACUGCAGAUGCUUCGGCGAGUGGUGGUGAUAAGGUGUAUGUCUUGCAUCCUAAUUGUGCGGUCGAUGUGGCGGCUAUUGUUGCGCAGCCAACGCCAGUUGAGUAGGUCUAAGUCUUUCAGCGUUUGAGUAACUUGCAUGCGUAGCGAG